AUGGCUGGAAAGGAAAGCUUCGAACUGUUCGAUCAAGUUGUGCUGGAAGACCCUGGCUGUGACUUGUCACCUCCUCACCGCGCUACAGUGCUGCGCUUCCAUGUCGUUCCUGGUGGCCGUGCUGGACCAGGGUGGCAGCAGGAUUUUGGAGAAGACGAUUCCCUCUACAUCACCAAGGUAACAACUAUUCACAUGGGCAAUUACACCUGUCAUGCCUACGGCUAUGAAGAGCUGUAUCAGACCCACGUCCUUCAGGUGAAUGUGCCGCCAGUGAUUCGCGUCUACCCUGAAACGCAGGCGCAGGAGCCUGGCGUGUCGGCAAGCCUCAAAUGUCACGCCGAAGGCAUCCCUAAUCCCCGAAUUACCUGGCUAAAGAACGGCAUUGAUAUCAUGCCAAAACUAUCCAAACAACUAACGCUCCUAGCAAACGGAAGUGAACUUCAUAUCAAUAGCGUUCGAUAUGAAGACACUGGCGCCUAUACCUGCAUUGCUAAAAAUGAGGUGGGAGUGGAUGAGGACAUAUCUUCGCUUUUCAUAGAAGAUUCGGCAAGAAAGACCCUUGCAAACAUACUGUGGCGAGAGGAAGGCCUGAGUGUUGGGAAUAUGUUCUAUGUCUUUUCUGAUGAUGGGAUCACAGUCCUUCAGCCAAACGAAUGUGAAAUCCGGAGACACAUCAGGCCCGAAGAGAGGAUUUUCACAAGUUAUGAAGAGAUCUGUCCUAGAGUGGAAGGUGAAGGCAUUCAGUCCUGCCUCUGGGCUUCGGCAGUCAAUGUCAGAGACAAGUACAUUUAUGUGACCCAGCCUAAGCAGAACAGAGUAAUGAUAAUUGAUAUCCAGACUCAGAAAGCCAUACAGUCCUUGGAUGUUGACCCAUUGCCAACCAAAUUACAUUAUGACAAGUCCCACGACCAAGUCUGGGUGCUUAGCUGGGGUGACAUGCGGAAGUCCUCACCAACGCUGCAGGUAAUACCAGAGGCAAGUGCAGGGGAGGUUCAGCGUGUUAUCCGCACACCGUUUGAAGGAGUGGAUGAUUUUUUUAUACCACCUACAAAUCUUAUUAUUAAUCACGUGAGGUUUGGCUUCAUCUUUAACAAAUCGAAAUCAGCAGUUCACAAAAUUGACCUGGAAACUGUGACCCACAUCAAGACUAUCAACUUCAAAAACUAUAGUUGCGUACCGCAGACCAUGGCUUAUACCCACCUGGGCGGUUACUUCUUUGUCCAGUGUAGGAGGAAUAGGUCGGUGGCUGCGUCGCCGCAGCUCAUUAUUGACAGUGUUACCGAUGCCGUCAUCGGCCCCAACAGCGACGUGUCGGGCACACCUUAUAUCUCACCGGACGGACGGUAUUUGGUCAGUGCGGAUGAAGACAGUGGCAGGAUGAAAGUCCAGGCUCUAUCUGUCCGAGGAGAAAUCAAGUUGAUUUAUGACUUACAAACAAACAUACGCGUAUCUGAUCUGACAUUUCAACCCUCUUUCACUGAAGGCAAUCAGUACUAUAUAUAUGCUACUUCACAUUUGCAAACAGAUGUGCUUUUUGUAGAGCUGUCAACGGGGAAAAUGAAUGUACUGAAGAAUUUAAAGGACCCUAUCACAUCCAAAGACUGGCCCUGGAGCAACUACAACAGAAUUAUGAAAGACAGUGGGUUAUUUGGACAGUAUCUCAUUACACCAGCUAAAGAGUCACUGUUUGUUAUAAAUGGGAGGCAAAAUACGUUACGCUGUGAGGUUUCAGGUAUAAGAAGGGGUAACACAGUGGUCUGGGUUGGAGAGGUAUGAAAGGGCAAUAGCAGUAGAGCCUUCGGCAGGCAAGUACCGGUUGGACCUUUACACUGCAACAAAUGAGCAGUAGCAUUGUAUAUUUUUACACUGGGGGA